UCUUGCUGGCUCAGAGCACUGCACUGAGAGCUGCUCUCUAGAUGACAUGCUGCUGUGAAAGAACAUCCUCCUGCUGCAGCAUGAGUGCCUGGGCUCAGGGGAGGAUACUGCAGGAUCUCACUGCAUUGGAAUGUGAUCAACCAGCAGUGAUUUUACAAUGGAUGGAAGAGCAGACUCGUUAGUGAUGACUGUGCAUCUUCUUGCCACCUCUGGGCAUUCAUUACUCCUGCAGCAAACUCUUGAUCAGCUUCUGGGGUGGAUCUGUCUGGAUGUUCGCCUCUUCCUUGUAUCCGAACGUGUUACUCCAGUGAAGUAUUAUGAGAAAUAUCACCGGAAAAGCUCUGGAUUUCCUGGGAUGUCCAUUCUCCUUUUCCUGCAUGAGGACUUUGGGGAAGAACGGAUUUUUCAGGUCCAUGAUUUUUUCCAGCACCCUCCAUGGCAGGAUCACCACAUGCAACAUGCUAAUGGGAAACAGUACCCUUAUGCACCUGCUGGCCAGGAAUUUUAUGGUCUGGAUGAGCAUAUGCCUGUAUGGGGUGUACGGCAAGUCCAUUAUGGCACUGAAAUUCUGCGCGUGACUCUCUACUGUAGCUUUGAUAACUAUGAUGAUGCAGUCAGACUUUACGAGAUGAUCCUACAGAAAGAAGCAACUAUGCAGAAGAGUAACUUCUGUGUCUUUGUGCUGUAUGCAACACAAACCAUUGCUGUUCAGCUCUGCUUGAAGCAGCUGCCCCCGGGGGUCUCUGUUGAACUGAAAGAAUCUUCCGUGUUGCAAUUCAAGGUCCAUGAAAUUGGGCAGCUGGUACCUCUUCUGCCUAAUCCAUGUAUUCCUAUCAGUAGCACCCGAUGGCAAACUCAGGACUACGAAGGAAACAAAAUCUUGCUUCAGGUUCAAGGCAACUCAAAACACAAUGAAAAAAAUGACGGGCUUUCUAAUCAGCACAAUAAUGCAAGUGAAGAAAAGAUCCUACAGAAUUCCACGCUAGCCCCCUUUCCCACAAAGUGGGUUAAUCCAGAACAGAAAAGCCGGAAGAUCAGAAUGAUGAAGUGUAAAAUCAAAUCAGAAGACAGAAUUAUUUCUGGGAGCGUUAGCAGCACCCCACAGAGUAACUCCUGCUCUUCAUCCCAGGCCAGCAGUCCAGCAGCUACUUCACGGUCUGAUACCACCUCUUUCAAUGUAAGUGCAGGAACUAAACUGAACAUCUCCAGCCAAGAAAUCCAUUUUCAAAGGCAAGAAGCAGAGACCAAUGUUGACACAGGAUUCACGGUAGUAAAUUCUGAAUGCAAUCCAUCUCCACUUAGCAGGUUUUCAAGGGACUUGCAGGACAGUCUUCCUCAGCCACAAGCACCAAACUAUUCAUUAGCUGCUGCUGGCUCCAGAAUCAACUUGUCUUCUGAGGAUAGAAUCCAUCUGUCAUUAUCUGCUGUCAAAAGAAAUAAAGGAGCAAGACAGACAGCUUCAAACUUUCACUUGCGAAUAUCCAGAGCAAACCAUGGAAAUGGAAAUGAAGAGGAGGAGGAAUUCUUUAUUUGACUUGAAACAAAUGUGCCUGACAAACUGACUUUAAAACUGAUAGAUAAAUGCUUUAUUCUGGAAACAGAGAGAAAGCAAUCUGCAUGCUUUUAACUCUGUGUUUAUACAGACACCAAGAUGCCUAGGCUACCUGUUCUGUUAUGAAAAAAGUCUUCAGUGGGGUUUUAUUGCAAUAGAGUCACUUUAUGUACAAAAAUGCUAAUGGGACAGAGGGCAAAACCAGAAAAAAAAAUCAUGUGCAGUUACACAGUGAGUUUGAUUCUUUUAAAUACAGAACACCCAACAGCAUAAUUGUGCAAUGAAUGUGAAUAAGCCAUGUGAGUCCUAUUACUGUUUGUAAACUUUAAUCAGUAGCCUGUGACACAUUCUGUCUUGUGUAGUUGCAUUAGAGGGAUUUGGCAGUGGGGAGGCAGUAGAAUGCUACACUGCUAAAAAUAGCAAUGUGGAUAUGGGGACACUGCAUGAGUGUGUAGAGAGUUGUGUAGGGUACAUGGAGUUCAGGUGUGUAGGGCACUCUACUCAUAGGGGGAAGGGAUAGCUCAGUGGUUUGAGAAUUGGCCUGCUAAAGCCAGGGUUGUGAGUUCAAUCCUUGAGGGGGGCCAUUUAGGGAUAUGGGGCAAAAAUCCAUUGGCUGAUUUAAUUGGGGAUUGGUCCUGCUUUGAGCAGGGGGUUGGACUAGAUGAUCUCCUGAGGUCCCUUCCAACCCUGAUAUUCUAUGACCUAAAGCAAUGCCUCACCAUCUACUCUGCUAUUUAUACCUGUGCUAGCUGGGCGUGCAGCGCCUGUACCCUACACGCUGCCAUGAGUGUACAUUUACCUUAGGUGGUGGCAUGGUCACAACGUGUGAGCAGGCUUGCAAUGUCUUUCUCCUUCUAGGUGCCCUCUCAUUUCUCCUUCUGCCAUCAUCCAGACUUGAAAAGUGUGAAUGUGAUCAUUCGUAUGCAUUUAAAUGAGACUAAAUCACACCCUAAUACACCCCCAUAAUGCUACUUUUAAAAUCAAUCGUUUGAACUCUGUUUUCUCCCCACGAAGCAUACACCCCCUGCCCUCUAGUGCUCCAUGGAAUAAAGUUAGAAACAAUAUGCAUGAUCUUUCUUAGACCUCUGUGCAAUUAUCAACAGGGUGAAAAUCCCAAUUGAAUUUUAAAUGGCAGGAGACAAACAGGAACCAUUGGAGCUGAGAGAGCUACCAGAAUGGUAAAAGCUAAAAAUUCAGUAAGCAGUGCUCACCAAAGGACAAAUGAAACCAUUCAUUUAAAAGAAACGAAUGUUUGUUAUCAAGAUUGGAUUUAUUUAAAGUUUUCCUACUCGAGAACGAUUACCUGGGCCAGAAAGGAGGAGAGUUAGAGGGGGUUGACUGAGGGGGUCAAAAAUUACGAAGAGCAUGGCAAAAAUCUGAUCAGCCCAUUUUACUCUCAUCCAGAAUAUGAGGAACACAUGGACCCUCACUGCCAAAAGAGGGUAAAUUUGGAGUCAUGUCAAGGAGAUGCUACUUUACACUGUGCCCUCGUGAAAGUGUCUGUUCUGUCCUGGCUGAUGGAAUGUUUCAUAACAGAGGAUUAGGCCUUGGCUAGGUUUACGUUUGUCAUGAUCUCGGCUGCUCUGAGGUGUGGACUAGGGAGGGAUGACCAGUGCUGUGCCCCAUUCAUUUCAGAUUUAGCCACAUCACCAUCCCUAGCCAGUGACUGGCCCACCUGAGACUUGUGAACUCAGGCAACCUGUUUUAAGCUUUGCACAGAGUAUGCAUUAUACCAGAGCGCCUGAGGACCCAAGAAUCCUGCAGCAGAAUUAAGGUCCUGCUUACUGCUGAGUACCAGGGCCGUGCAUAUAACACUCCUGCUGCUACUGCACAAGGGCAUUGAGACGCCCACUGCAGCUUGCCUGUUAUGAUCAUUAACAACAUUUGCGUCUAUGCCAGCUAAAAUAAGGAGAGUAAACACACCCUGUGCUUCAGUGUGUGACCUUGGUUACCCAUGCAGGUCCAAAAGGGUUAAUUUCCCCUUUGUGAACAGCCUAGCCUAAUUAGCCAGGGGGGCGCUGUGGUUUGUUGGCAUUUUGGCUUGGGCCAGGCUAACUCCCACUUUCAUUCCAUCUACUUUCUCUUGAAUAAAUCUGCAAAAGGCUCCUGCUUAGACUUUGAAGUGUGGGUCUUCUCUGAAAAAUAACUGUGUGAUAGCACAGCAUCCUCUCACUCAGCAUAGCUGCUCUGCUCCUGUGGUCUCCGAAUCCUAUCUGUCUAUUUUAGUGACACAAAAUAAGCUGGGUCAACUCCCAUAUUAGAUGCCUUUGCGUUGUUUGAGUAGGAGUUCUUUCUUUAUAGGAUUAAAUGCCUGAUUCUGAGCAGUGCUGAGCACCCUCAGUGGCCAUUCAAAUGAAUGGGACCUGUGGGUUUUCAGGAUCAGGCCCUAAUACUGCCAAGAUGGAAUCAAAUGAGCAAGAGCUAUUGAGGCUGUUGUUCUCCAGCAGCACUGUGUGUGUGCUGGGAGACUGCGUCCUGAUGUGGAGAAUGACACAUGUUCCUAACAUUAUUUUCAUGUGCCACAUAUUGUCAUACCGUGCCAGGCUGUCCUGAAAACAUAUUCUUAUUUUCCUAUGUCCUGUGCAAAGGAAACCGUACUGUGUGGCUUGACAUUCAGAGUUAUAGAUCCGAGUUAGAACGUCCAUUGCCAGAGAUAACUGAUCUUCCAUUUUAUACUUAUACCACAAGACACUUACUUACUUUUUUAAAAGAUAUUUCAUCCUACAGUCUGUAGUAGUUUGAAUUGUUUUCAAUAAAACAUAACGUGACAUUU